AUGAGACUCUACCUCAACGAAAGCCCCCGGACGUUCGUGGUGGCCGACUCGUCAUAUGCACUUGUGAUCCGCCACCCGGACCCCGAGUACAAGGAGCUGUCCCACCGGCACGUGCACCAUAUUCAUCACGACAGGCCCAAACACUCCGACAGCAACCAGGCCGGCAACAAGGUUUUGGUGGAGUUUUUGCGCACAGACGCGCUCCGGCUCUCGAAAUUCCGCGACAUCACGCCGCACAAGGCGCGGUCCAGCAAGCUGCUCCAUGGGUUCUUGGGGCUCUUGAAUGUCAAGGGCUUCAUCCAUUUGGGCUUCGUCACCAAGGCCACCAAGGUCGCGUCGCCGCAAUUGAACGAGAGCAUCCACAUGAUCGACGACGUGGCGUUCUACUGCCUCAACAGCGACCGUUUCGACGCGUGGAUCGGCACCAACGACGAGGACCUCCAGGCUGUCAGCACCGAGGAGCCCGAGGGCUCUUUGAGCGGGUACCCCGCCGCGUCGGUGCGGCGCAUGCUUUCGCUGGGCCACUUCUACUUCUCCAAGGAGUUCGACGUGUCGUGCACGCUCCAGGAAAGGGGGUACGUGGGCGCCCCCCGGCACACGGCCUCGUCCGACGACCCGUAUUUCCGGCGCUUUGCCUGGAACAGGUACAUGGUGGACGAGCUCGUCGAGAUGCGCACCGCGCUCAACCCGUUUGAGCGCAUGAAGUUCGACUCCACGGGCUUCCUCACGGUGGUCACGCGGGGCUAUGCCAAGUCCGUCAACGUGGCCCUCGAAGACAACGAAAGCGCGCUCUUGACUUUGGUUUCCAAGCAGUCGUGCAAGAAGUCCGGCGCGCUCUUUGGCGAGCUGGGCUGCGACGACGAGGGCGAGGUCCCGAACUUCGUCGAGAGCGAGGUGAUCAUCUACUCGGAGAAGUACAGCUUCUCGUACGUGGUCAUCCGGGGCAACGUGCCCAGUUUUUGGGAGCUCGAGAAGAACUCGCUCAUGCUGUCCAGGAACAACAAGCGCAUCAAGCUCACCCGCUCCUUCGAGGCGUCCAGCCACGCGUUCUUGCGCCACUUCGACAACUUGAGCAAGCACUUUGGCGACGUGCAUGUCAUCAACUGUCUUCUGCAAGACAGGUCGUCAUACAAGGGCGAGCUUGGCGAAAACUACAGGAAGCACUUCGACGAGUACGUCCAGUACAAGGAGAGCCUGCUUCUAGAUAGGGAGGAGCUCGCGGAGGAGCACAAGGUGGCCAUCCACAACGCCAAGGUCAGCUUCACGUCCAUGCCUCUCUCACUCUCCUACGUACGCAAAAUCGGGUACUCGGCCGUCAACCCGAAAGACGUGGUGAAUCCCAUUACCGAGUCGAUAGUCGACUUCGGCGCCUUGUUCUUCGAUGUCAAGAGACGCACCUACGUCGGGAAGCAGUUGGGUGUGUUCAGAGUCAACUCGUUCGACUGCUUGACCAAGGCCAAUUUCGUGUCUAAAAUCAUCAGCCAGGAGGUGAUUAACCUAGCUUUCAGAGACAUGGGCAUCUCAGUCCCGGUGGACCUUUUACAGCAGCACGCGCAGCUAUGGUCCGAAAACGACGAGGUGCUUAAAAGCAUCACUCAUGCAUAUAUGUCUUCGAGAAGCAAAGUGAAGUCUCUGUCCACAAAGCGCAUGAUCAAAGAACAAUUGACAAAGAAAUAUUUCAAUGUCAUGCGUGACCCAAAGGCAAGCGAGCUGGCCAUGCUCAAGUUGCUCGGUCGUUUGCAAGACCAGAAGGGCGUUGUUCUAUACAACCCUUUCCACCAGUACGUGAACUUGAAAUUGAAAGAGCGGGCUCAAGAAUUCACGUCGCGCCAGAAAAUCAAGAUCUUCACGGCAACUUUCAACGUUAACGGCACCGUGUAUAGUGACGAGGACUUGAAAGAGCUAAUAUACCCCUCAAGGCACGGGGUUGACCAAAAUUACGAUCUUGUAUUCAUAGGGUUUCAAGAGAUCGUUGAACUCACUCCUGGGAAGAUGAUCUCAGUGAAGUCUGAUAACUUCAACAACUGGGAACAUAUCCUCAAAAGAAUUUUGAAUGAACACAACCCAAGCAGGGAAAAGUAUGCUUCUUUAUGGGGCUGGCAGAUGGGUGGAAUCGCAAUGUUUCUAUUUAUCAAAGAGAGUCAGCUUGGAUACAUUUCGAGUAUCGAAGGGUCUAUAAAAAAGACAGGACUUGGUGGUAUGAGCGCCAAUAAAGGAGGGAUUGCUGUGAGCUUUGAUUACUCCACCUCGCUGAUAUGUCUUAUUUGUUCACAUUUGGCUGCUGGUCACAGCAAUGUAGAGGAAAGACACCAGAACUACAAAACGAUCUCGAAAGGAAUCGUAUUCUUUAAGCACAAGAAAGUAAGGGAUCAUGAUUUUGUUAUUUGGUUGGGUGACUUUAACUUCCGAAUCGAUUUGCCGAUCGACGAGGUCAAGCAUUUAAUUAAUGUUCGGGACUUUCAAAAGCUUUUCGAAUACGACCAGCUAAACAAGCAAAUGGCUGACGGAGAAAGUUUCCCAUUCUUUGAUGAGAAGGAAAUCACAUUUCCUCCGACUUACAAAUUUGAUAACAACACAAGAGAGUACGAUACGUCGGAGAAGCAGCGUGUGCCUGCGUGGACUGAUCGCAUAUUGAGCCUCUCGAGAAACAAAAUGUUGGAACAGGAAGUAUACGACUGCGAGGAAAAUAUCGUAUUUUCAGAUCAUAGACCAGUAUUCUCCAUCUUCACUGCGUCUGUUGAGGUCGUGGAUGAAAGAGCCAAGAAAGACAUUUCUCAAGAAAUUUAUGAAAGCUAUACAGAGGUUGUGGGCGACAUAAACUUUCUUCUUACUGCAGGAGAUGUCACAAAGUAUGUGACAGACGUCUGGGAGAAAGCCAUACCGCCACCUAGUUCUGACGAAUCUAAAUGGUGGCUCAAACCGGGGAAAUCAGCAAAGGUCAGUAUAAAAGAACUUGAAACAAAUGGGAGUGAGCCGGGCUCCGAUCUCAUUUUCAAUCCUCAGGCUCCCAUUAAUCCUUUUGAGGAAACCUCGGCGCCAAUGUUUAUCAAAAGAGAGUCGUUGUGGGAAAUAGUGAGGGCUUCGGAACAACCUGCCUCAUAA